GAAAAAAAACUCUCGAAGGAACCAAAACAAAACCAGAGUCUCGGAAGAAGCUCCAGGAAAUCCAUUAAAAACAAGGACGAUGACAGAAACUCAAGAGAAAGAAGCUCAAGAAAAGGACAGCACGAUCUCCGUGAGGCUGGGUAUGUGCUGCGUGUGUGCCCAAACAGCAGCGAAAUACACGUGCCCGAGGUGUGGUGUGAAGACGUGUUCUCUGCCGUGCGUGAAGAGCCAUAAAAAGGAUGAUGGAGGAUGCUCUGGGGUCAGGGAUAAGACGCUCAUGGUACCUAAGGACGAGAUGAAUAACUUGACUCUGCUCAGCGAUUACAGAUUUCUGGAAGAGAUCGACCACAGGCUAGAAGAUAACCAGAGACACCCGCUGCGAAGAUACAUCGUGCCCAGACACACAAAGGGCAAGCCAGAGCUCCCCUUCUUCCUAAACAGUCUUAGAAAUGAAGCUGCAAAACGAGGAACCACCUUGAGAUUUUUGCCAAACCACUUCUCAAAGCACAAAGAGAACACCACACGCUUCAUAUCAAAAGAGGGAAUCAUAAGAUGGCACAUCAAGUGGGUAUUCCACCAAGCAGACAUCACAUUCACCAACACACAAGUCGACGAGAACACGCCCAUCAUAAACCUCCUGGCCCGCUACAUGGAGCCGAGCGACGCCCUCACCCCAGACGAGGCUGAGAAGCUAGCCUACUACCACUCUGCGUCCUACAGCAGGAUUGCCGUGUUGAUGCAGGGGGAGAGAGAGGGCUCAAACACAGCUUUCUGGGAAGUCGUGUCGUCCAAGAGCAUCCGCCAAAACCUGUCCGGAUGCAAGGUGGACGAAUACCCAACAUUCUACGUGAUCCUGCGAGACCACAUGCAAGCCUACUUGGACUAUGAGGUGGACGGGCACGACGAUCUGUUUGGAGAAGAUGAGGCCAAGGUGGAGGAGGAGGAGGAGGAGAAGAAAAAGGAGGAAGGUUUGUUCUUCUUCGAGGCCAGCGGUAAAUACGACGAGGCUGAUUGACUGUGAUACCUGUAACGUGAUUUGUUGAUUCUGUUUUGUUUUUAUUUUUAUCAAUUAUUAUAGUGAUAGUAUUAGCAAAAAAUAAAUAAUUACCUGAUUA